UGUUUAAAUUCAUAUAAAGAUCCUUCCGGUUUAGGCGGCCAGUCCAUGUGUGUUAGCGAUUCGCGUACCUGGGAGAGAAAUUAGAGUUUAACUGUAAAAUUUUUUUCUGCUGUAAACUUGAUGAUGCAGGCAGCAACGUCAGUGAUACGAUCUAAAGUGCUGGCUUCUAACUAUUGCAGAAGGUUGGCACUAAAGCUUCAGGUGCACAGGACCUAUAUGUGUAACUGUGUGUCAACAAGACUUUAUGGCACAGUAACUGAUGCUAUUCUCCCACCUCACGCUGAAGGAACAGAGAGAAUAUAUCCACCCAAGAUUCAGAAGCUAGUCCAAGACAUAAGUGAGCUGACAUUGUUAGAAGUUGCUGACCUGAAUGAACUACUAAAGAAAACUCUAAACAUUAAAGAUGCACCCAUGAUGUCUGUGGGUUCAGUUGCUGCCCCAGUAAAGGAAGUGGAAGAAGAGGAAGAAGCAGCCCCAGUGAAUGUAAAGAUGACCUUCACUGUGAAACUUACAAAGUUUGAUGACACUAAAAAGGUUCAGCUCAUCAAGGAAAUCAAGAGUCUUCUUCCAAAUAUGAAUCUUGUCCAGGCCAAAAAGUUUGUAGAGAGUGCACCUCAGGUAGUGAAGGCAGAUAUUCCAAAGGAUGAAGCUGAAAAACUGAAAGAGGCUCUUGCAGCUGUUGGAGGAGAAGUUGAAAUAGAAUAAGCUGUUUGUUUUUGAUUUUUCUUUUUGUUUGAAAAACCUAUGUACAGCACUUUACAAACUGAUAAAUUGUAUUAUUGGCAAAGCACUAAAAAAUUGUAGUAAAAUCAGGAAUAGACUGUUAAUAUGUGGAAAAUUCUGAGAAAGAAUGAUUUGUAUGAUUUCAUAGGGAUGUCCUUUUAAAAAAUGCUAAUAGGAAGCCUGUCAGAUUUGACAGGCAAGUUUUUCCUGUAUCAAACUGAACAAAAGAGAUAAAAUCUUAAGAAAGUUCUGGAUCAGAAGGUCAAUUAUUCCUAAUGUAUACAUUUUCAGUUAAGAGAAGUUUUUGUAGAUUUAACUUUGUUGGAUGCCAGCAGCCAUCAAUAAUUUACAAAUUUGCUGAGGAUUUUUUUUUUUUUAAUUCAAUGUAGAUGGUUGCAGUUACUUUGUCAUGAUACAUAUGAGAGUGUAAGUCAUUGUUCUACUGAUGCUUGAUGUGUGUAAAGAGUGAAUAAAGAGGAAACAUGUAGAUGAGAAA